AUGAUAGUCGGUUCAAUAACCAAGCCCAUUGUUUUUAUGUUGAUAGCAUCAAAGACAAGUUACAAUCUACUCCUAGGUCGGGAGUGGAUCCAUGGUAUAUGGGUUGUUCCAUCAUCGCUCUAUCAGAGGGUUACAAUAUGGAGGAAUGAUGGGAUGAUGGAAAACAUAAAGGUUGUUCAUGGCUAUUUUACGGCAGAAGUAAGUCACGUUGAUAUAAGGAAUUUCGAUAAAAACCUAGCCAACAUUGCAUCUUGCACUCCAGCAGGAUUUGCAUACAUGCCUUUAGAGGAGGCAUUUUAUUCUCUCAGGCUUCAUCUUACGUGGGAUAGAGAAAUCAUGGGUUUAAGAAGAGAUUUGAUGGAACUAAAGAUGUCGAUAAAUCCUGGAAAAAAGUCGAUUAAGCAAUUGCCAAGACGGUUUGCACCAGAGGUUAUGUCAAAAUUAAAAGAAGAGAUUGAAAGAAUCCUGAAAAGUAAGUUCAUAAGGACAACAAGGUGUGUCGAAUGGCUUGAAAAACUUGUUCCAAUAAUCAAGAAAAAUGUAACAUUAAGGGUUUGCAUAGAUUUCAGAGAUCUAUAUGUUGCAACCCUAAAGGAUGAAUACCCAAUGUCUGUCACCAAAAUGUUAGUCGACUCAACAACAAAUUUUGAUUAUCUUAGUAUGAUUGAUGGUUACUCUAGUUAUAACCAAAUAUUUAUUGCAGAUGAGGAUGUGCCAAAGAUGGAAUUUCGAUGUCUAUGA